AUGCUCGAACCGGAAUGUCGAGGGAUGGUCUUGAAUGAAGCCGCUGCCUCAGUCAAAUCAAAUGGGAGCGACUUGGACGAUGAUGUGAGUGACCGGGAUGCGCCCCCACCACCCCCUACGCCCUUGCACACCGACCCUCGUGGGCAGCGAAACAAAGGUGAUAUCCUGGAGUCCUUGCUCGAGAUAAGCUUGGAUAACGAGGAGGGCGACAUCGGUGGGUCCAGGAGCACGACCUCGGAUUUACCCCAGGUUAAAAAUGAGCCAUCGGCCGCGCGCACUAUGCUUGAACUCAAAGACAUUGCUCGGAUGCGGCAGCAUGUCAACGUCCUGGAUCCUGUUCCGUCUCGAGGCGGGUUUGCAGCAAUGAAGCGAGGGGCAUUAGGGGGGAGAGGAAUUGAAAGAGGAGGGCAAUUGACGUCCGCCGUGUCUUCGGCUUUAGAGCAGGCUACCGCAUCCUUUGGAGAAGAGACAGGAUCCCUCGCUGCUUUUGAGCGUAUGCAGCGGAUCAAAGGCGGCAAAGGUGGUGGGAAAGGUGGGGUUCACGGCAUCAUGGAUAGCAGGGGCUCCGGACGCAAGGCUGUCUUAUCCAGCAAGGCUCGUCAGCGAAGAAUAGCGGGAAGCGAGAAGGAGGAAGCCUACAACGACAAAUUGAACGGCCGAAUGGUAAAGCACAACAAGCGGAAGGAGCGCAUGGAAAGGCUGAGGCGCAUGUAUUGA